UCUAUAGAUACAUUAGGUUUAUUGUCUCAGUCAUUGCUGAUAGCCCCAGGAAACGGAGAACAAUGUUCAGAACAGUAUUCUACUCAUUCUGGGUGAUGAACUAUACUUGGUUAGGGAUAUUGCUGGUACCAGUUACUGGGCAGUCAACUGUUGGUGAUGGACAGCAAGAAUCAAAUUCCCUUCAGAAGUAUUUAGUAGCUGUUCUUGUCUUGCUGGUUAUAGUUUUGUUAGCGUGUGCUGCGACAAUCUUUGGAGUAUCCCUCAUCUACCUUAAACUCCUUCAGAUCAGAAAAAUGUUGUCAGAAAAAGAUGACGAGACAUACGCACAGAUUGGCGCAAACCUGGCUCACAUUACACAAAUGAGAAAAGAUCAGGACUUGAUCAAUAUGAAUGGGAAUGUGAAAGGGAACAAUUGCAUUGGCCAAGUGGAAAUUGGCAAAGAACAUGAUACAGAAGGGAGGUCGACCAGGUCUUCCUACCUCAAGCUCCCUGAUGGAAUCACUUCAGCUAAGUCUCCUGACAAAGCACUGGAUUCAUCGAAAGAUUCCAGUGUAAAUGGGGUCAGAGGUGACAGUCGGUUAGCAGACAAUAUCCCAAAAUAUGCCUCCCCACCUUCUUACAGCAACGCUAUCAGGAACGGUUCACGAAAUACUGUGACACAAGUGGAAAAACCAAAGGGGAACCAUGAAAGUGUAACUCAGAGAGAGUUGAAUAAUUCCCAGAGCAAUGUGUUUCAGCAAUCAACGGGAUUGAGAACGUUCAGCCCGACUUCAAACAAUGGCUGUGCCGUCGCUCAAACCAUUCAAAAAACUACAAAAAAGCCGAAGCCUGAAACAGGACACUUGGCGACAAACCCCCCAGAGGGAUCUUCUCCUGAUUCCAGCAUUUAUGCAAUUUAUGAUGUGCCUCGGCCUUGCCUAUGCUCCUCAAUGUGCCAUGGUGUCGUCUGGCACGCAUCAACUUUUCAACACAAUACUCUAAAGCGUUCCUUAAGUGAAAUAGGUCCCACAGCCUUUGAACUACCAUUUGAAAUGCUUCAGGAUAACAAGUACGCUGUGCCCAGACCAGUGACCUUCCCAAGCAAUGUGAAUUAUGAAACUGAUUUUAAGAAUCUGGAGAAGUGUCCAUCCAAGGACUCUGGUGUCCUGUCGUAUGUGGAUUCCCAGUUGCUAGAUUUGAUCCCUGAGGGAAAUGAACCUCAUCUUGAAACCAAAAGUAAUCUGGAAAACAAACAAAGACAAGCAGCUGACAAGGAAUCGCCCAGAGACACGAGUUUAUUUAUUUAAUAAAACUGUAAAAUUAGGAGUCCACAAAAAAAACAUAAAAUGAGAAAGAAGAAAUUAGCCUGUGCACUUUCUUAAGACACAAAUGAUACCACGUGUUGAAUUUAAGUUGUUCAUCUAAUUUAUUGUUGGCAAUAAGUUCAGCCAACCAGUGUUCAUUAAGUGAAAGUAUGCUAAUUUACCAACUUUUAAGAGCUCGAUAAACCAUGCAUCUGCAGCAAAUACCAUCUUGCUUCGGUGUACAAGAUUGAAUGGCACAAGACUGAGAGACAAAUUGUUAAAUCAAUGGAAGUAUUUAUGAAAAGACAAGAGUCUAGAACACUCAAGCAGCAAAGAAUUUCCUUUAGAACAAAAGAAAGACUCAGCAUAUUUUUACUAUAGCAUUAAUCAUGCACAAAAAUUGAUUAUACAUCAUUGAUCCAAAGAUUAUGUUACAAGGCAUUUUGUGACAUUGUGAUGUCUGGUUCUAAACAUCACCUUUUGGAAGGAUACUAAAGCCAUGACAAAGAAACAAAUUACAGGAACAAAAAUUGGGAGUUUCAGUUCUCCAAGGAGACAAAAGAGGUUGAAGUCGUUCUAUCUAGAACAGAAAAUCUGGAAAAUUCAUAAAGUUCAAAAUGAUGAUGGAUUCUGAUAGAAUAGAAAGCUAGAAACUGCCCCCACUGGCAGGAGGUGUACAAGGGAUUUAGGAUAAUUAAGAAAAUAAUCAGUGGGGAGAACCUCUUUUCACACAUCAUGGCGGUGAGGGACAUACUGCCUGGAGAAGGGGUUGGAACACCAGUACCAGACCUGCAGGCUUCGUAUUUUCAGCCUUCCACUCACCUCAGACAGCAAGUGGUAGCUGCAAAGGUGCUCAGAGGGACAUUAUUUUGGGUGAGUAGGAAUCUACCACAGGGAAAUCAAGUUACAGUUCUGGCACCCAGCUAAGUCACAUAGGACAGUCUUAUGAUCUGAGAAUGGUUGGUCCAGGACAGGGACAUUUAAACUUUUUUGGAGGUCCCAAGGACCUUUCUCCUCCUCCUGUGAGUUUCACCUGAUGAGAAAGCUGCAAUGCCUUCUCCACCAGUCACCAGUUAAGGUCGAAGUCAAGGAUCACCAGGCCCUGAUUUUCAUAUUUAAAGAAGGUCUGGAAUGACUUGUACGCAUCCUUGCCACAUGUUGAUAAAAACAGGCUACACCAAAAGGUAGUGGGAAUGGAGAGGGCUUUGACCAGUCAACAAAACUGUCAAUGUUAAUUGCUUGAUCUCAACACACCCUACUGCUCUUUCUACCAAAGUUUAAAUCGUUCUUGCCGAGUUCAUUAAACAAUUGGUAUCUAAAUAUAUUUCCUGUAGAUUAUGCACAGUAUAGACAUAGGUAUCCUGAAUACUUACCUUCAUAUCUUUGUACAUCAUUCAUCCCUAAAAGUCUCCAAGUCAUCUGAUGAAGAGCACAUUAUCAUUUCCAAAACUGAUGAAAAAAUGGUUCAAAUGAAAACUGAAGGACGUCUGCUAGCAAAGUUUGGAGGAAGGGGUAUUUAAAAAAAAGGUAAGGCCGUAAAGUCACUUAACCUGAGGGGUAAGGUUGAGAAGUUGGGACCUUUACAAUAACCUCAGGUAGGUGUCGGAACUGAACCCUUGCUGCCAGCUUUACUCUACUGUAAAAAAACCAUCUGGCCAACCAACAGAGUUAACCAACUGCUAGAAGAAAUGCAAAAAUACCAACAGGUGCAAUCUAGGAUACUUUUUCCUCCACAAACCCACUUUAGCUGUCUAAAGAUAUGGAUUUUAAAAAAAAAAUUAUAUCCAAGGAUGCUUUUAUGCACCAUUGAAUGUGUUUUUUUCCACCACCAAUUACCUCUUACAAUUUUCCUUUAUCCUCCUCCAAUUGGUUACCAUUAUUUCUGACUCAAAUACCAAUUUUACUAAGUAUAUCUCUGUCAUACUGCAUUCAAUUGUGUUUAAAAUUCCCCAGUCCAUCCAGAACAAGAGUCUGAACAGAGCAAGCAAUUUCAUAGGUUCAUUACCUAAUCAAAUUGAGGGAUUGUAAAAUUAACAGUUGAAGAACUGAUCAAUUGUCAGUUGUAGAUCUCUCAAUUCUGAAAUCAUACUUAUGUUCAACCAGGAUCUCCAAUAUGACAGGGUCAGAAGCAUUACCACCUCCAUCCUGUAGAAACAGAGAUGUUCUGUGGAAAUGUUACAGGAGUGCUGGUCUCCUGUGCUGACUGAGUUUAGGGACGUGAUGCUUGACAAGCAAGUUAAUGAUUUGGUUAAGUUCUUAUACUGUGGAUUGCUUGUCCAGAUAGACUUUCUGUAAUGUCAAGAAUUUCCUCAUCACAGUGUUCUCCUUUGAGUACAAUCCAAGAUGGUACUCUAUCCAUCUCUCCAGUGAUGACCACCCCACCUUUGUUGUCAAUAGAGCAGUUUUCAUUGCCAAUGGAUCUAUUACCUUUUUGAUACUUUUAUACAUACCUCUAGAAUUCUCUAUUCCAAAGAACGUCAGGAUAUUCUGGCAAAGUUGUAAUCUGUAGUCAUUGGCACACUGACCAGCAAUCUGAGCUCUCAGCGCACUCAGAGAUUUUUCACUCGGUUCUCUUGCAUAAUUAACUAGAGCAGUCUGUUUGACUUCAAUGGACAGAGAAGGAAGCCAUGAAAUUGUCAGCAUUUUCUUUUGGUUUUAUUUCAAACUGAGAAGGAAGUGUAAAUUAGAGUAGGUACGUUCAAUGGAGAAAGUGAGGACUGCAGAUGCUGGAGAUCAGAGCUGAAAAAUGUGUUGCUGGAAAAGCGCAGCGAGUCAGGCAGUAUCCAAGGAGCAGGAGAAUCGACGUUUCGGGCAUGAGCCCUUCUUCAGGAAUCUGAAGAUAAGUUCAAUGCCAAUAGGUAAGUUCAAUGCCAAAUUAGGUACAGAAAUAGAAACAAAGAGAGAGAACAACAACAGAGCAGGACGAAGACAUAUGGAAGAAAAGUUUUGAAAUAGCAUUUCCAAUGCUCCAUUUUUGAAAUCUCAAUCCGCAAAUUUAUCAGUUUCCACAGUAAUAAAAGUUAAUUUUCACUUCCAGAGGCUGAUAGCAUCAACUUACACUUACCACAUGGUUGAAAGGUACUUAGAAUGGAAUGUAUAAAAUGUAGCUUUGUGUUGAAUUUAAUUUGCAUCUACGUAAGAAACACAAGAAAUUUCCAUGUUCCAUAGAUUUAAUUGAGGAUCAGGUAGCGAAGGUCUCAUUUUUAGGAGGCAAACGGAACAGCAGCACAACACAAACAGCAAGGUUUGCAUUUUUAGGUUAACAUUACAUUUGCUUCCCUGCUGAAUUUUGCCAGGACAUCUGCACAUUGACAAUGGUGAGUGCCAUUACUUUUAUAUGGAAACCUGGCCGAUUUUUACCACAAUGCAGCAGAGACAGGUUUCAGCUUUGCUUCAGUGAUCAUAUACUUGCCUCUGUAUCAGAGGCUGGAUCAGAACCUGACUACAUAUUCUAGGCUGCAACUUCCAUGCAUUGUGUUGGGCAUGCCGUCUUAAAGAUGAGAUGCCAAACUUGCUCUGUUAGGUGAAUGCAAAAGAGAAUGGUAUCUUAACAUAUAUGUAACCCUCAUGCAACAUGGCUAAACAUAGAAUACCUAGUUGUUUGUAGAACCCUGCAGAGUACAGGUUCAAGAUGCAUUGCCUACAUUACAACAAUGACUGUAAAGUGGUUUAGGAUGUCCUGAAGUUGUGCAAUGCUCUGAAUUAUUCUAAGUGCUUUCUUUCUUUGAUGGGUUAUUAACAUUAAUUUUUACUGUGUAAAAAUUUGAAUAUUAUUCAUUCAUGUUGAUUUAUUGAAGAUGUGUAUAUUGUUGUUUUUAUAACUCUGCAUUAAUGUCAUUUUGUUUGUAUUUAGACAUCCUGCUCCCAGUUCGACAUAUAUAUGUUUUUAAUUGUUUCUCUAUGUUAAUCCCUCUGUCUGCAACGUCCCGGUACACAUUGUGUUCCUUCAUUUACUGCAGACUGACAUUGUGAAACAUAUAAAUGUAAAAG